GAUUGUAGCAGUGGAGUGAUCGACAGCUGUCUGACUCAGUCAUUUUGCUACAGAAUUGCGAUGGAUAACUUGAAUUCGGAAGGAGGGAUUGAUUCCCAAAGUGGUGCAGUUAAAGGAGCUGCACUUUUACUUGUGAUCGGUGAACCCUUUUCAGAGGAACAUAAAAAGCUUAUUCUUGGAGAGAUUUCUAAAGGAUUUCGAUGCUGGGAUAUAGAUGCAACGGGUAUUGAUGUAAAUGAUGAACUUGCACAGAUUGCAAACAAAGCAGAUCUCGGAGAAGAAGGCCCAAAUGCUACCAAGUAUGGAUACCAUUUGAAGGAGGGGGAGAGAGUUAUUCGACACAGCUCAGAAGGCCUGUCAACUGAGAUACUGGUGAACCCCCAGGCACAGACGGUGACUAUUGCAGUUAAAAAUUUCCUGACGACACCAACCAAACACAAACACCUGAUAUAUUCUGGACAUGCUUUCCAGGGCUCUGGAGCAUGGAUUCUCCAAGAUGACACAUUCACAUUCAAUAACUUUGCUCAUGUGUUCAGAGAUCAAGAUAUUGGUAAUGCGGUUCGUCAACAACAAGGGAGCAGCCUCUACAUUUACACUGGAUCCAAUGGGGACUGGACCAAUGGUCACAUAGCCAAGAAUGACUUUUCUAAACUGUUAGAUGUUAAAUUAAAUCCAACGGAUAAACUAGAAAAUUUGCAUGGUGUGUUACAAUUCACAGCAUAUAUUAGCAAUUUUGUAAGAGUUAGGCAGUUAAAUGAAUUAUUGCAGUCAUCCGACGUCGUAGGAAACAUAAGAUUUAGUCGCCCUACACUUUAUAUCUUCCCAGGAUGCCAGGGUGAUUCGGCACUUUUCGGUAUCAGUGGUUUUAACCUAUUGGUUAAUGGUGGAUACAGUAGAAAAGCAUGUUUCUGGGAUUUCACUCGACACUUAGAUAGAAUUGACGCUGCCUUAAUGACGCAUCUUGGUACAGACAACCUGUACGGAUUUGGUUCAGUUUUACAGAGAAAGAGCAUUGAGAAUGUACACCCAGAGAUCGGAUUCAUGUAUGUAAAUGCCUCUGAUAAAAUCAAGUCUCACCCACACACAGAAGCAAGUAUGCCGAAAGAAGAAACAUUGCAAGUGAAUUUAGCUGAAGAAGGUAACAAAUUGAUACAGUAUGCUAAACAAAUUGGACCAAUUCCACAGUCAUGUUCCCGCACCCAGUCUGGCCAGACAAUAGAACCAAUCAAUUUGUACCACAAGGUAGGGAUUGGUUCCUUGGAUAUGUACAUCUUGAACCCUAUCACAGACAGCAAGGAAAUGAAAGAGUUCUAUCAGCAGUGGAACCAGAACGUAUCCCAUUUUGGAACCAAUCAGCAUAUGUCUCUCCCAAACACCCUGUCAGUUUGUGCUUUGCUUGUGUGGCAACCAAGUAAUCCCAAUGACAAUAUCACAAGAAUCUUCUUUCCUGGUAAUGCUCCCCAGCACAAGGUGCUAGAGGGUUUGGAGAAACUGAAGAAUCUGGAUAUUUUGAAGCAUCCACAGUGCUCUAAGGCAUCUUUGACUGCCAAACCAGCGGCAAAGAAACCAGCAGGACUUUCUUCUAGGCCACCAGCUAGGUCUAAAAUUUCCCCAGUUACUACUCCUAAAAAUGAAGUUGCUAAAAAGGAAGUGAAAGAAGCACCUGCACCUAAGCCCUCUACUCCAAGAUCCAAAGCUGCUCAGACACCUUCCCAGAAAGCAAAGAGGGAAAAGGAAGAUGUUAACAAAAAGACAAUGAAAGCUCCAGAAAAAGUUAGUAAGACUGAAAAACCUGAAAAGGCAGUUAAAGCAGAGAAAACAGAGAAAUUGAGUAAGGCUGGGAAACCUGAUAAAGUCAACAAGCUGGAUAAAACUGACAAAGUAAACAAGGCUGAGAAAAUUGACAAAACUAACAAGGCAGAGAAAACUGAUAAGCCCAAGAAAACUAGUAGUCCACCAAAGGGGUCUGCGAAGAGUUCAACUUCCUCUACACCAACAACUUCCUCCACACCAAAGGAAGCAGCAUCUCCAGUUAAAGAACCAACAUUAAUUGGUAAACAGGAAGAGCCAGCUGAGAUGAAUGCUGCUCCGCAAGCUUCUGUCCCAGACAUUUUAGACACUGCCCCACAAGCUGAACCACUUAUGAAUGGAAACCAGGAGUCAUCAGUUGAUCCACCAGCCUUCUCUUCAGAGCCGCUUCAGCCAGUGCAAGCAAUGACAACAGAGCAGCCAGAGUCUCUUAUAGACAUUACACCAUCCUCUGUCCCAGAACCAAGUCAGUUUUCUACUGAACCGACUGGUGCACUUGACAGAGAAAAGAUGCUUGAACUAGGUAUCUAUGAUGAAGACCAUGAUAUUGAACAAGAUCUGAAUGCUCAGCAACCUCCUGAUAAUUCAGACAAAAGACUGCCACAGAUGUUUGGUGGUAUGGCUGAUAGUAUGCACGAAGAUUUAAUGGAUGACAUGUCUGCCCAAAAUGCCAUGCAAGGAAGUUUCCAUGGGGAUCUCAUGUCUGGAAGUAUGCAUGAAGCCAUGUUUGAUAACAAAAGGCCAUAUGAUGGACCGUUUGGUCAGAAUGGUGACACAGCUAUAGAAGAAGUAACUACUCCUGAAGAUGAUACAUCAGAAGAAAUACAACCACAAGCUCUCCCUGAACCUGUAGCUUAUGCUCCAGAAAGCUAUGGACAGGAACCUGAUGUUAUCCCAAUUGUUAGUGCUAAAGAGGAAUCCCAAGCCAUCUCUGAGCCAGAGGUUACACCAACUUCACAGGAACCUGAUUUACUACCUGUGAAACAAGAGACAGAAGAAUCGCAUGGUUAUGACGAGGAAAGUACUGUUCCAGUUGAAGAUAAAGCUGGAUAUCCUGCUAUGUUAGAAACACCAGAUGAAGUAGAAAACACUUUACCAGAAGAUAUACAAGAGAAAGACUUAAGUGAAGAAACAGAGAAAGAAGUGAUCCCAACUGAUGAGCCAUUUAUUGAAGAAAAAGUACAUAGCGAACCAGAUGAUAGAGAGUUUGAAGCAAGUGAGCAAGCAAUCAAGGAAGAAACUCUUGUGGAGCCUAGUGAAGAGGUUCUUCCAAAAGACACUGUUAUUGCAGAUGAUGUAGGAGCUGAACCACUUCAAACUACAGAUCCUAAUGAACAAGUUGGUAAGGAUUUAGGCCUAGCUGAAACUGAAUUUGAAGAAAAACCAUAUGCAGAGGAGAAAGAACCUGAAUUGCCUCUUAAUGAAAAUGCAGGCAUGGAAAUUGGGGACAAACAAAUAGAAGGUCAGAAGGCUUUUCAGUUGGAAAAUAAUAUAAUGCCAGAUGAUAGAGAGUUUGAAGCAAGUGAGCAAGUUGCUAAAGAGGAAGCACUUUAUGAGCCUAGUGAAGAGGUUCCUCCAAAAGAAUCUGUUAUUGAAGAUGAUGUGGGAGCUGAAUCAUUUCAAACCACAGAAGUAAAGGAACAAGUUGAUAGGGAUAUAGGUCUGGCUGAAACUGAAUUUGAAGAAAAACCAAAUGCAGAGGAAAAAGAACCUGAAUUACCUCUUGUUGAAGAUUCGGGCUUGGAAGAUGGGAACAAACUAAUUGAAAGUCAGAAGGCUUUGGAAUUAGAAACUGACAUAAUGCCAAAUGCUGCUCAAAAGGAUGAGUUGCUGGUGGAUACUUCUGAGCGAUUUGAAGACAGAAGUGCUCCAGAAUUUUCACCUGAGCCAGAAUUGACUGCUCAAGACAUUGAGCCUGAGCUUGAAACAGUUCAGCGUGAUACCCCUGAGGUUCCUGAUGUCAUAGAAAGACCAAUUAGUCCAGAGCCUGACCAGCUGGAGCAAGAAAAGGUGAUAAAGGAACCCAUGGAAGAGGAAAGCCUUAUUUCCCAGCCACUAGAAUCAGAAAAUAAAUUAGAGAAAAGAAAUGAUGCAUGCAUUGAAAAUGAUUUUGCAUCACUUGAAGAUAAUCAUCAUCAUUCUGAGCAAGGUGAUGAAUAUGAAAAAGGAGAAGCACCAGAAUCCGAAGAAGAAAGGGCAGAAAGUCCUGACUCUCAGUUAGGUGCCCAAGAUAUCAAUAGAGAUUCUCUUGAAAGAGAUAAUGUCAAGGAGCCCAGUCCAUUUUCCAGUGAUGACCAAAGAGACAGUAUUGAGAGAGAAGUUGAAGAACCAGCUACAGAAGGUAUUGAAGAGACACAGAGGGACAGCAUUGAGAGGUCACUUAGUCCAGCAGAACAAGAAAAGACGGAAAAGCAAUUUGCUUCAGCUACUGAAAAUGAACAAAAAGCAAGUGUUGAAAGAUCACUGUCACCUAAUGAAGAGGCAGAACAGAGGCAAAGCAUGGAGAGAUCAGCAUCACCAGAACAAAGAGAAAGCACAGAAAAAUCAUUUGAAGAUGAAAGUGAUGAUUCAGAGGAAGAUGAUGAUGAUGACGAGGAAAGUAGCUCUUUUGAACAAGAGGAAGUGACAGAUGAAAAAUGCUUGAUACAGGAUAGUGUAAGUGAUAACCAAGGAGUAAAAGGUGAUGAAGGAAAGAUAAUUGAAACAGAUAGUCUUGCUGCUCCAACAGAUUCCUUAGCAGACCAGCAAAGUGACAAUCUUUUGACAACAGAAUCAGACUAUACAGAUGCUAGUUAUGGUGGUCAAAUUGGAUACCACGAGAUAGAUGAACAGGAGGGAGAUUCCGUUGAAGGAAUCGAUGAGAAAGAUGCUUUUGCUUCUGCACCUGUUCAAAAGACAAAUCCAUUUGGUGAUGGAUUUGAACAGUUUGGUACCCCGAGUUUUGGAUCAGGCCCAAUGAGCAACCGUUUUGAAACAACUGAACAGCCUGGAACAAACCCAUUUACUAGUUAUGAAAAAGCAUAUGAAGAUGAGUCUAGUUCACCUGAUAAUGAUGUGGGACCAUCUGGAGGACCUGCUGGGUUCAAUCCUCUGUCAGAGUGGGGUGAGCCAAUGGGUCUUCCCUCACCAGCUCCACCAGAGGAGAAAAAUGAAGCAACAAAAAAAGGAGCUAAGAAAGCUUCAAGUGACACAAAGAAACCAGAUUCAAAGAGGCCAACAUCAGCAACCAAGAAACCAGCACCAAAACCAGCUACAAGUAAUGGUGUCCCUGACAAGUCUAAGAACCGGCUCUCGUUGGGAGGGGCUACUGGUAAUGCCUCAAGACUUUCAAUGGGCAGUAAGACUGCUCCAAAACCACGACCAGCAACGGCUCCUGCUAGCAGUGAGUCAAAAUCUAGAGUCAAUGGAACAAAGAGGCCUGCAACCUCCACAGGUUUAAGAGCAUCACCUGCAGCCGUUAAAAUGCCACCCCUCCCACCUUUUCAUCCAUUUAAUGUGGACCUUACAUAUAUUCCAAACCACGGUAAUUCAAGUUAUAGCGAUGUAGAAUUCUUCAAGCGUGUGCGAGCUAGAUAUUACGUACUCAGUGCUCUUUCACCAAACACACACAUUUUGGAUGCCCUGCUUGAAGGAAAGAAGACCUGGGAAGACAAGUCACUAGCCGUUACCGUGAUACCAACAUACGAUAAUGAAACUCUGAGGUUAUGGAUGACUUUGCACAAAGAAAAGUUAGCAGAAGAAAAAGUAGAGAUCGCGCCGUCAGCCAGCAGGUGCACGAUUCAGCUGCAAGACCAUGAGACAAGCUCCUCGGCAUACAGAUUAGAGUUCUAGUCAUUUAUGUUAAAUAACUUUAAUGCUUAAAAUGUUGAAUGGAAAUGUGCUGUCAAUCUGCUUCUAAAUCCAAAGGUUGUCUUACUGCACAUCAUACUAAACUUUUUUAGUUUUUCAUACAUUGAAAUUUAGUAUGAAACAUGUUCUCUGAAAGAGGCGGUAUACAAUAGUGCUAUAGUGAAGUAUAGAAAAAUAUGACAGUUUCGUUUGCAAAAUGCUACAAGGUUUGUGUGAAUAAUUGACAAUGUGAUAAAGAAGGGAACAAAACGUUCUGUAGACAUUGUGUUUGUGUAAUGUACAUUGGUGAAUCUCUUAUUUAUAGCUAUAGUUUGUGCAAACAAAUGCCAUGGUUUGAUUUAUGAUAUAACAUAGUUAGAAGCUUCAAAACUGUGUAAUAUUAUUUUGUAAAUGUUUACACUUGAACCUUUCUUGAAAAAAAACAACAACCCUGUCCUUCAGUUUAAGAUGAAAGAUUUGUGCCAUUUAAAAGACAUAGUGUAAAUUCAAUGUUCACAAUUGUUUAAACCAGAUAACUACAUUAAGUUGUAAAAUGAUACCUAAAUCAGGUUUUUUACAGCUGUAUAUGUAAUAAACAUUCGUUGGGUACUACUCCCUUGUUUUUUUUUAGAAUGUAUUGACACUAAUGGGAACAAUUUUUCUAUGAAUAAAGUUGUUGUAAAUGUCAGUAUAUGUUAAAAGAAAUAGAAAAAAAUAACAAACAAAUAUAACUGCAUGUGAUUCUGUCUCCUAUGUGUUAUUGGAGCUUUAAAUGGAUACACUUUAGGAAGUUAAAUUGUAAUAAUGGAAAAUACAUGCAGAUAAUGGGUCCACAGAGUUAGCAUUUAUAGCAUUGAUUUCUGAAUUAAUAAAAUGACAUUAAUUGCUGAAUUAGCUAGACAGUUAGCAUCAGUUGUUGAUUUAGUCGAACAGUUGUCAUUUAUUGCUGAAUUAACCAAAUAAAUAGCAUUUAUUGCUGAAAUUAGUCAAACCGUUGGCAUUAAUUGCCAAAUUAUCCCAGCAUUUAGCAUUAAUUGUUUAAAACAGAUGAAAAGUUAGCAUUUAUUGCUAAUUAAGUCAAACUAAAAAAUUCAUCAUCAAUAUUUAGUAUGUUUACCAAACAUAAUCAAAAGAUAAUGUGACAAUGUGUACCUGUUACCGGCAUGUAUAUAUACACAACUACAACAAUUUUCUACAUGACUGUAUAUACUUAUAUAUAACCUGUUCUAGCAGUAUUCAUUAUAGUUAUUAAGUGUGAUGUGUAGCAGUUACAAAUAAGUGUAUAUCUUUUGUAAGUUGUUGUUGCAAUUUUAAGUUUGUAUUUUUUUUUCUUUUGGCUAAUUUAGCAGAUCCUGGCUUGGAAAUUUUUGCAUUGAUGUUGUCAAAUGAUAAAAUUCAUACCCACUAUUUAUUGUCUUCAUCAUUCACACAUUUUAUGGGCUUAAAAUGCUUCAACAGUAUGCUAUAUUGGAAGAAAUGUACUGUUUUUUAAGUUGAUAAAAGUCAGGUUUUAAUGCUGUCAGGCCAGGAGUAAAAGGGAAACCGAAUGCCUUACUAUGUUUGAACGCCAUUUAAAAUGACUCCUUAAACUAGCUAUAGUACUGAAGGAAUUUUUGGAUGAGGUCAUUUAAAGAUAUACCAGUUUGAACCUUUUCAAAAUGGUGGACAAAGAGGCAGCCAUUUUGAUGCUUUUGGGUCAGAGUCAUCUCCUCCACUUUUUACAACAAGUAUACCUUUAAAGUUAUUGAAAUUAAGAAACAGUUUUUUUGUGAAUUAUAAAGGUGACAACAUUGUGAUUUAGGGUGUUUUAAGAAGCAAGUUGUUUGUAGAUGUUUCAGUCUUUUUGCAUACAUGUUAAGGAUAAGGGAUUGUUUAUAUAGACUGCCUUCUUAAAAAGUGCCUGUAUAUAGAUGGCUGCUGAGAGUUAAAAUUGUUAUGUGAUGAGUAAAGUUUGUUGAUGACUAGAAAUUGUGCCAGCAUGUGUUGGAACUUCAGUGAAAACUUUUGCAUACUGUAUAAACUACUUACUAAAUAUAUUUUUAAGGAUCUUUUGAAUAUGUAGAUUGGUUCCAGAAACUUUUCGGGGGGAAAUGUUUAGAUCUUAAAAAAAAGCUCAAAGUUAACCAGUCCAUUAAUGCAUUUUGUAAGCUCAAGUUUAUCCAGUCCAUUAAUGUAUUUUGUAAGCUCAAGUUAAAUAAUUUUAUGUAUGUGAUGAUUAGUAAUGCAUUGUUACACGCCGGUUUGUUAGGAUCAAUAUGUAAAUUUGAUACAUACCUUGAAAGUCUGUAAAUUAUUGAUGAAAGGGAAGAAAUCCUGAUCAAAAAUCAUUUUACAUUUUGUUUACUGAUCAUUAUAUAUAUUCAGAGUAAGUGUCAUUUAACAAUGUUCUAUUAAUAAACACAGUGUCAUUUAACAAUAUGACUGUAAUAAACACAGUGUCAUUUAACAAUGUUCUAUUAAUAAACACCGUGUCAUUUAACAAUGUGACUGUAAUAAAUAUAGCUGGAACAUGAUGUGUCAUUACACAGUGUUCUAUUGAUUAACAUUGACAGUGUUAUUGAAUAAUGUUUUAUUAAUAAAUACAUGUUGUAUAGACACAGUUAAAUACAGUUGUCAAUAAUGUUAUUAAUAAGCAUGGAUACAGUCAGAUAUAAGUGGGGUUUUUUUUGGGGUUUUUUUUUGAGAAUUUACUUAGAGCUUGGGUAAAGAAGAGACAUUGCUAUGCAGGUGUAAAAAGAUUUUUGUAUGGCUCACAGAUAUGCUUGGAAGGUGUUUGUAUUGGCUAUGUUGAGAUAUAGUGUUUAAUAAAGCCAUUUUGCUUACUGAAUGUUUAGCAGUGAAUGUAUUUUUAAACAGAUUGUCUAUGACUAUCAUAUAAAAUAGGAUUUCCAGGAAUACUGCCUUGUGUACUGUAAAACACUUCCAAUUUGUGCAGAUUUUAUUUCGCAAAAUUUCUUUACUUCAUCAGGUUUUAAUCCAGUUCAAGUUGAAAUCGCAAUUUUCUUAAAAGUUAAGCUGGAAAAUGCAUGGUACGGACAUAAUUUCAGAUAUACUUAAUAUUAGGCCAAUGCAAAUAUUAGGGGAAAGUGAGUACAGUUCUGACAAGGAAGUGUUUUACAGUAGACAUACAUUGGAUAGGCCUGUGUUCUUUUUUAUAAGGGCUCAAAACGAUAUGUACAGUUGACUCAUCUGACUUCAGUCUGAUUAUGAUAAGGUAGCAGUUAAUCUUGUUGCUUGCCAAGAUUUCUAAAAAGAAAUGUGUACUAUGUGUGUGCAGGUGCAAAAACAUGAAGGAUCCUUUGUUAUGUUUCGUAUAUGUCUGUUUUUUCGUACUUAUAACAGUGCUUGUAUGUAAAAUUUGCUUACAUAAAAAAUGUAUGUUCAAGGUGAUACCUUAUUAAGAUGUGGACUGUAUUUUCCACUAUGAUAUAUUAGGGAAAGUGCUUAAUAAGAAAAAUCUGAUAUGUUUAAGAUACAGUAUGUAAAACUAUUGUUAAAAAAGAACUUAUUUGGAAAAAGAUCUGUAAGUGUUCUAACACAUUUUUUUUUCGACACAGUGAACUAAUUUGCGAAUUCAUGUGUUUAAAUGUAACAUACAUAGCGAACUGUUUGUAAAUAUUGGUGAAGGAUCCAUGUUCCAAGAGAAAUCAUUGCAUACAGAUUAAGCUUUAGAGCUUAAAGAAUAUGAGCUUAGAGCUUAAAGAACUUUGAGAGCUUAUGUUUAUAUACUUUUGUACACAGUGCUCAUGAAACGUGCUUUAUGAAGCUUGUUUAGAUACAGACUUGUCACAAUUGCUAUGUAUUAUUUGAUUUUUAUGCUUCAACAGUUAUAUUCGAUAAACAGUUAUGUUUGGUAAAAGAUUAUGUUCGGUAAAUUAAUGAUUACCUUUGGUAUGAUUAUAUAUGCAAAUUAUCAUGUUAAUUGGUAGAUGAAUUUGCAGGCCAACAGAAUUAGACUUGAUUUGAGCCUGGCUUUAUUGGUGCAAUCUUGUUCUAUGUACACUGGGAUUUAUUCAUGAAUAUUCAAACUACAUCAAAGUUUUGAAAACAAAAUCUUUUUUUCGAAAUCAGUAACUUGAAAAUUGUCGAGAAGAAAUGAUAACUAGGUGCCAAUAGAAAGCCAGUGGUCUUGAGUGGCAAUAGAAAAGCCAGUGGUCAUUUAGUAACAAUAGAAAGAAAAUUGUAUUCAGUGGCAAUAGAAAGCCAAUGAUCCUAAGAAUCAUUAUAAAGCCAUCAUAUUAUAAGAGUGGCAAGGUUCUUUUAUUUGGAUUGUCAAGGACUACUGAUGUUGUGAAUAAAAUCCCAGUUGAGAAUCUAGGAAAACUUGUGCAAUAAUAAAACAGUGUUUGUAUAGUGGUGUCAAUAGAUUUAGCUAAAUCAUUUUUCACAAAUUUUUACUGUUAACACUAUUUACUUGUUAUUUCUUAGGAGUAAUUUUUACAAAUUAAUAAAGAUCUGUUUUUCUAUAUACAUAGAACUCUGUGUUCACAAUAAAAUAUCAUAUUUCAUAGAAUAUUUAUAAUUUGUAUAUACUCCUUUUUUUUACAUUCUUUUGUUACUUCUGUUUAGAAUUCUAACUAGCUUUUUUCCCCACCAAUCGAAAUGUUAAAGAUUAUUAUCCCAGCCUUAGUGAAAGGUUUAUUAUGGUUUUAAUAAGAUUUCCAGUCUUAUUGAUGAAGUAGUUACAAAAACAUGAUGUCAUAAAGAAAUAUAACUCCUAGCAGUGAUUACCUCUCCUUGUAUAAUAUUAAUCUAUGCCUUUAUGAAUGAAUAUUGCAUAACAUGAAAAUAGCGCCACUGACCAAAAGAAAAUCAAAUUGAAAUUUUUUAUUUUGAUUUUUUUUAAUGUUAUGGUAGACAUUAGUUGCAUGUCUCAGAAAAAAGUUCAUGGAUAGUUAAAAUUAACAAAUAAUCAAGACCUUCGAGUUGUUUAUCGUCUAAUUUACCACGGUUCAGAGUUAAGAUGUGUCGGAAUUAAACCACGAGGGCGUUAGCCCGAGUGGUUAAAUACUGGAGCAUCUGAACGAUGAACCAUGGUAAAUUAGACAAUAAAUAACAAGAAGGCCUUGAUUGUUUUCAUUCUGACAUGCUCAUUGAUAUAUUUUAAUAGAUAUUAUACUGGACUUCAUUUACGCGAGGAGUAAUGUAUCGGACGUCAUACGGCAAAUUGACGUCAUAAUGCUCUAUUACUGGUCCGCGCGUCAACCGUUGUUUAUCGCAGAAUAUACAGAGCUUGAUUUCCUUCUUUGUUUAACUGGAAAUCAAACCGAGUCAUGUUAGAAUAAUUAAAUAAAGAGAGAUAAAAAAAACUGUUUAAAUAUAGCUCUCUUCUGCAAGGGGAGGUCACUCUGUAGGAGAUUGACAAAAAAUUAGAUAUGGUAUACUUUGAUGGUUUAAAACAUUCUAGUAUAGAGGGCAAUAGAGAACAUAUUAAAAAAUGUUACGAAGGGCAGUAUUUAAAUAGUGCUAGAUAAGGGUUUGUUAAUGGGGGUUAUCAUGUUAGAAAAAAUAAACACCAUGUUAUUAGAAAGUAUAGUUUUUUUACAGAUGCUUAUUAUCAGUUUUUCAUGCAUUUUUAAAGGACAUUACAGUUGUUCAAGAUUUCAGCGGUUAGUUUAGAAAAAGCAGUCAUUGUAUUAUUUUUCCAAACAUUGUUGAUUUGGGAGAUGUGUUAUUUUUUUUUAUUCAAACAUGGUGAUUCUUUAAUGUUUAUGUAUUCGUAUAUUUAAUAAAUUUCUUCCAACAUUCACAAAAUAUUAUUAUCUAGUCAAUGUUCCUUUAGCAUUAGCGUAUUAACUGCAGUAUUCUUAAUGCUGAACACUAUGGUUCAACUAUACGUACAUAUGAGCCGUGCCAUGAGAAAAUCAACAUAGUGGGUUUGCGACCUGCAAGGAUCCAGACCAGCCUGCGCAUCCGCGCAGUCUGGUCAGGAUCCAUGCUGUUCACUAACAGUUUCUCUAAUUGCAAUAGGCUUUGAUAGCGAACAGCAUGGAUCCUGACCAGACUGCGCGGAUGCGCAGGCUGGUCUGGAUCCUUGCUGGUCGCAAACCCACUAUGUUGAUUUUCUCAUGGCACGGCUCAUAUAUAUUUUUUACUUCUGAAUAUUUUCAGACAGCUUCAAUUGUAUUGAUAAUAUUACUUAAGCGUCAUAGUGUAAAGACAACUUUAAACAUGAAAAUUGCAACAUGACCAUGACCUUUUAGAAACGCUUUUUCAUAGAUGUUGCUUUUGGUGUUCAAAUUUUGUUGCUUUGGCAAUUUGUGAAAACAUUUACUGUAAUGAUAUAUAGAUUAACUCCUAGAGUGUUGUUGAAGGACUUGUUAUAGGCUGGUCAGAUGCACUCUAGGGAAGAACGGAGCAAACACAAGAGUAGAAUAAACCGUCUCUCUCCUAAUGUAAGAACUGGCAAUUAUAGGGUCGGGGAAAUAUUUAUUGUGUUCAGACUUUAACAUAGUGUCAUUACCAACUUACUGUAAAAAAUUUUUUACUGGGUUCAAACUUUGCUAAUUACAGUAUGCUUAAUAUUGCAAUGUUUAUAAUAUAUAUAUUAUGUGACCUUCUUUUUUGCAUCAUUGUUUUUGUCAUUGCCAGAAAUAAAAAAAAGAAAAAAGCCA